AUUUGGAGUGGCUCAUUGAUAAAUAAACCAUGUGAGCCAUAGGCCAUAUCAACCUGCAAGAUGUUGCACAUGAGCCUCUCGCCCUCGAUGGUAUGUGAUAGUCAACUAGCUUCUACGUUGCUGUCAUCAACUUGUAAAAGAAAACAGUAAUCAAGUUAUAUUACACUGAAAUUGGGUUUCAGAAGAUGAACAAUUUCCGCCUAGUAGACCAACACACACCUCAAAUCUGGCUUGCAAAUUCUUCUUACCUAUAUCUCCCCAUACUAAUGAAAAUAUCGAGUUAUCGGUGUUCCCGAGUAACCCGGCCACGUGACCCCAAGGCCCUCGCCUCUUGUCACCACGCAGAGAACUUAGCUACUUCAACCAACCAACCACCCACCAAAUCGCCCAUCCCUGAGCUUCAUCAAAUCGCGUAUAAAAAUCAGUAAAGCCCAAACCAACUACCAGACCCUAGCAGGUUCUUGACC